AUGUUAAAUUUGUCCAGAGUGAACUCUAAAAGUAGCUGUUUUAACUUGGACAUAAACUUUGAAGCCGAGGAUUUAUACUCAACAAAUGUUGCAACAGCCGUCCUAAACUCCGUUUUCUCGCUCACCGCAAUUCUGGGAAACCUAACCAUAAUUAUGGCCUACAAAACAACGCCUUCUCUUCAUUGCCCAGCGAACACGUUACUCUGCUGUCUCGCUUUGUCCGAUUUCACCGUCGGAUUAAUAGCUCAACCGUGUUUCGUGGCUCACAAAAUUGGGGAAAUACUACGGAACUUGGACAUCUACUGUGCUACUCGGAUAAUCUCAGAAACAUCUGGUUUUAUCACGUCCGGGGUGUCGAUUCUCACGCUUACUGCAAUAAGUAUUGAACGCUACCUUGCCAUGUACUUACAUCUUCGAUAUAAGGAACUUGUAACAAAUUUCCGAGUAUUUCUUAUCGUUGGAACCCUCUGGAUAACUAUUGGGAUCAUGGCGAGCUUGAGAUUCUUAUUUAAAGAUGGAAGAGAAUACAAUGCUGUAACAGUGCCUAUUUUGUUUUCGAGCUUAAUUAUCACUGUUGUGGCAUAUACUGGGAUUUACAAGCACGUCAAACGACAUCAUCGCUCCAUUGAAGAUCAAGAAAGCGCCAAAUCAUCCAGAAAUAUCCUCAGGUUCAAAAAGUCAACAGUCACCAUGGCAUAUAUUCUCAUUUUAUUCGUGAUAUCAAAUGCCCCAUUUAUCGGUGUAGCAAUAGCUCAUAGAUUCGAAGGUUACACUUAUUCGGUAAAGACAGCUUACAUCUAUGUUUCAUCUUGUAUUUUUAUAUGCAGUUCCGUAAACCCCGUAAUUUACUGUUGGAGAAUCGCCGAGAUUAGACGAGCUGUUGCUAAAUUACUUAAAAUUUUCACUUGCCGUCGUAAUCACGCUCAAAUUGUCGCAAAUGAUUCUGUCUUUAGCUUACAAAGCAAAUAUCAAUAA